AUGUGCCUCAUGUUAAAAACAGCACUGGAGAACCAGUAUGGAAGAAUUUUGCAUUCUGAUCGAGAUCCAAUUCCAGAUGUUCCUGCAGUAUAUUUUAUAAUGCCAACUGAAGAAAAUAUUGACAGAUUGUGCCAGGAUCUUCGAAAUCAGCUCUAUGAAUCCUAUUAUUUAAAUUUUAUUUCUGCUAUUUCAAGAAGUAAACUGGAAGAUAUUGCAAAUGCAGCAUUAGCAGCUAGUGCAGUGACACAAGUAACCAAGGUUUUUGACCAAUAUCUCAAUUUUAUUACUUUGGAAGAUGAUAUGUUUGUAUUAUGCAAUCAAAAUAAGGAACUUGUUUCAUAUCGUGCCAUUAACAGGCCAGAUAUCACAGAUACGGAAAUGGAGACAGUUAUGGACACUAUUGUUGAUAGCCUCUUCUGCUUUUUUGUUACAUUGGGUGCUGUUCCUAUAAUCAGAUGUUCAAGAGGAACAGCAGCAGAAAUGGUAGCAGUGAAACUAGACAAGAAACUUCGGGAAAAUCUAAGAGAUGCAAGAAACAGUCUCUUUACAGGUGACACACUUGGAGUUGGGCAGUUCAGCUUCCAAAGGCCUUUAUUAGUCCUUGUUGACAGAAACAUAGAUUUGGCAACUCCUUUACACCAUACUUGGACAUAUCAAGCUUUGGUGCACGAUGUACUGGAUUUCCACUUAAACAGAGUUAAUUUGGAAGAAUCUUCAGGAGUAGAAAAUUCUCCAGCUGGUGCCAGACCAAAGAGAAAAAAUAAGAAGUCUUACGAUUUAACGCCAGUUGAUAAAUUUUGGCAGAAACAUAAAGGGAGUCCAUUCCCAGAAGUUGCAGAAUCAGUUCAGCAAGAACUAGAAUCUUACAGAGCGCAAGAAGAUGAGGUCAAACGACUUAAAAGCAUUAUGGGACUAGAAGGGGAAGAUGAAGGAGCUAUAAGUAUGCUUUCUGACAAUACUGCUAAGCUGACCUCAGCUGUUAGUUCUUUGCCAGAACUUCUUGAAAAAAAAAGACUUAUUGAUCUCCAUACAAACGUUGCCACUGCUGUUUUAGAACAUAUAAAGGCAAGAAAACUUGAUGUGUAUUUUGAAUGUGAAGAAAAAAUAAUGAGCAAAACUACUCUGGAUAAAUCUCUUCUGGAUAUAAUAUCAGACCCUGAUGCAGGUACUCCAGAAGAUAAAAUGAGGCUGUUUCUUAUCUAUUACAUAAGUACACAGCAAGCACCCUCUGAGGCCGAUUUGGAGCAAUACAAAAAAGCUUUGACUGAUGCGGGAUGUAACCUUAAUUCUUUACAGUAUAUCAAACAGUGGAAGGCUUUUGCCAAGAUGGCCUCAGCUCCCACCAACUAUGGCAGCACUACCACUAAAUCAAUGGGUCUCUUAUCACGAGUCAUGAAUACAGGAUCACAGUUUGUGAUGGAAGGAGUGAAGAACCUGGUAUUGAAACAGCAAGAAACCGAUGACUAUAGAUAUUUUGAUCCUAAAAUGCUACGCGGCAAUGACAGCUCAGUACCAAGGAACAAAAAUCCAUUCCAAGAGGCAAUUGUUUUUGUAGUGGGAGGAGGCAACUACAUUGAAUAUCAAAAUCUUGUUGAUUACAUAAAGGGGAAGCAAGGGAAACACAUUCUAUAUGGCUGCAGUGAGCUUUUUAAUGCUUCACAGUUCAUAAAACAGUUGUCCCAACUUGGACAGAAAUAA